AUUUCAUUGCAUUUUAAAUUUCUUUUAGAAGUAAAAACAUUUAGGAAGAAAUUGAUAACGUCAUACAUUAAUAUUCCACGGUCCAGCUAUCUGCAUGAUCAGUGGUUCUAUAAAAGACCCCACAGUUUUAAAACCUUCAUUGUCACCAGGGCCAGGAGCUAGAGAGAGAAAAAAUGUGGGGAUAUCAGACACUCGUGGUAGGCUUGGUGUUUGCGUGUACUGGGCUCACGGAGGGCAAACAGCGCCUAACUCCUCAGAAAUUACGUAUCCUCGAAGACUUGAAGAGAGAACUGGAAGAAUAUGAGACGACGCGAAAAGAAGAAAAGAGAGGAAAUGGACGUGGAAAUGGCAAUAGGAAUGUGAACAAGAUAGACAGCAUGUUUAUAGAUCCCAAUGAUCCCUACAUGAGGGAAUUGCUCAGCAUGGGAGUAGGAAUAGAUGGUGUCAUCAAACAUCCGAAGGGAUUGUUCCCCCAGAGGUCCAGGAUAGUUAAAGAACGGAGAUUAUACAGGACGGUCAAAACGAAGAAAGAAACCAAGAAUAAGAAGCGCAACAAGAGGAAUUUUGGACCCGGGUGGCAGAAAUGGCCGAUGGGUGUGGUUCCCUACAUAUUUGACGAUAAUCUAGUUGCAAACAGGGCGCCAUUCCUUGAGGCUAUUGAGUUGUUCGAUAAUGUGACGUGUAUUCGUUUUAAGCCACGAUCAGCAGCAGUGGAAACAGAAGUAGGUCAUCAAGGAUAUGUUCGUGUUCAAAGUGGAUCGGGGUGCAGUUCUGGAGUGGGUUUUUAUGGAACUGGUGAACAUGUCAUUACUUUAGCAGAACCCGGAUGUGGAUCAGUCUUUACAGCAGCUCACGAAAUGCUGCACCGUCUUGGACAAAGACACGAACAGGCUCGGAGCGAUCGGGAUCGGUAUCUCAGGAUUAUUUGGAACAACAUCAAUCCCAGCAGUCAGUAUAAUUUUUACAAACGACUGACAUACAAUAGAAAUCCUUACGAUAUUGGAAGUGUGAUGCAGUAUGGAUAUACGUCUUUCGGUGGUGGAAAAACAACAAUUGAGCUGAAAGAUAAAAACCUUCAGUUUCUGGAGUUUCCGGGCAACCAGGUGUUCUCAUUCUAUGAUUUAAAGGAUAUUCUGGAUCAAUAUGAAUGCACAGCGCACUGUACCUCACGACCCCUAUGUCAGAAUGGAGGAUACGUUAAUGUGAACUGUGGAUGUGAAUGUCCCGAGGGUCUGACAGGAACCUUGUGUGAGACAGUCGUCACUGACACGGAUUGUGGUGGUUAUGUUAUUCUGGAGGAAAAUGAUAUUUCUUUGGAACAAGACAAAGACGUUUCUGUCACAUCUCCUAAUUACCCGGACCAGAUUAGUCUAGGAAAAAUUUGUAGAUGGGUCAUUAAGGCACCAGUCGGAUACAUCAUCAAAAUGACGAUAGAUGAACUCCAUAUGGCUUAUAACCCGGACACGCUGCGCUGCUAUCACUGGUUGGAGAUACAAUACAAUCAACCGGGACAACCAGGCAUAAAGCGUUGUGGGGAUAUCACAGGUGAAAAAGUCUUAACAUCAAUUGAUUCACCGACGUUUAUGAUUGUUACCAUGGAUACCAAGUUCAUAACCAGUCGUACUACACGCAAAGGCUUUAGACUUCAUUUUGAGAAAGAAAGAGAGGUCUGCAGGGACCAUCUGUGUGAAUAUGGGGUAUGCGUUCCAACUGAGCUGAAGGCAUGUCAGUACAAGUGUGUGUGCCAGCCCGGGUACACGGGGGAACACUGCGACCAAGUGAUCGACGACGCCAAACUGAAAUGCAGUUUUGAAAGAUUUGAAAAGUGCUUCUUCGACAACAUUCAGGAAGGAGAUGACUUUGAAUGGGGACGCGGUUUUAGAAACACGUUGUCACUUAGGACAGGACCGGAGACUGCUUUCCGUGGGGAGAGGUUCCUAUUCACGGAAAUGUCAUUACCCAGAAAACCCGGGGAUAAUGCAAUAUUAGAGACAACAGUCCCCCUACCAGCAAAAGCCGGUUGCCUCUCCUUCGCGUACAAUAUGUUUGGUCGCCAUGUCAACAACCUGACUCUGUUUAGUGAGGGGACGAAUCAAGCCAGAACCUCUCUCUGGACAAAGAAUGGAAACCAGGGAUCAGACUGGUUGACAGCCAAAGUGAACAUACCGGAAGCACAAGGACUAAAGCUCUCGUUUGAGGCCAGUGCGGGGGAUUCCUGGGACAGUGAUGUGGCGUUAGACGAGAUCACGUGGGAAGUCGGGCAGUGUGACGUCAACACUCCUAAAGAUUGUAUAGAAGCUGGCAAGGAAUAUGAAGGAACACGUGACUAUACCAAAAAUGGCGUCACGUGCCAGGCGUGGGCAUCUAAUUAUCCACACACAAUAACCCCAAAAUACACCUAUCUGGCUGACCAGUCCAACUAUUGUCGGAUCGCUGAUGAACCCGAGUCCUGGUGCUACACCAUGGACAACCAGACCAGAUGGGACUGGUGUAGUGUCCCGUACUGUUUCGCUACAGAAUGUGCCUACACACCUACUGGUAUUGACUACACAGGGACCGUCAGUCAUACUAAGACUGGGAUACCGUGUCAAAGAUGGGACUCACAGACCCCCCACUCUCAUUCUUAUAACGAACUACACAAGGACGAGAACUACUGCAGGAACACUGACGGCAGUGCCGGACCGUGGUGUUAUACACAAGAUCCGGACAUCAGAUGGGAACUGUGUGACGUACCACAAUGUGAAAAGGUACAGCGAGAUUGUCUGAUGACGGGCAGAGGGAUAGAUUAUAAUGGGGAUCACAGCGUCACAACAUCCGGCAAAACCUGUCUGUUUUGGACAACCGAAGCAUUGAGCGGUGAUGCCAAUCACUGUAGAAAUCCGGAUUCAUCCUCCAAGCCUUGGUGUUACGUACAGGGAGAAACCGGACUGGUCAAGGAAUAUUGCGACAUUCCAUCGUGUGCCAGUUCUCCCUGUUUUCCAAAUCCUUGCAAGAACAGAGGAGAGUGUGCUGUCAACGGAACCUCGUACACGUGCACCUGUCUGCCUGGAUUCAAGGGAGACAACUGUGAUAUAGAGGAUUUUGAUGAGGUUGCUGAUUGCAAGAGGACAACCACGGGGUGGGAAUAUACGGGUACCAUCAGCGUGACAACAUCUGGGAGGACGUGUCAGGACUGGGGCUCUCAAUCACCUCACUCCCACGGCAUAGGGACAAAUCUACCGGAAAACUACUGUAGGAACCCGGAUGGUGAACCGUCACCUUGGUGUUAUACCACAGACCCAAACGUACGAUACGAGUUAUGCGAUAUUCCGGAUUGUGUCGCCCCACCACUGGAGUGCCUAACAAACCCGGAUCCUACUGGUAGACACUACUUUGGGACACAAAAUGUUGCCGAUAGUGGAGACCUGUGUCAGAGAUGGGACACUACGACUCCGCAUCAUCAUAAUUUUGAUUAUCUUGAUGACCAGAGUAACUACUGUCGAAAUCCGGACGGCGAAAACGCCCCCUGGUGUUACACUGUCAACCCGAACAAACGCUGGAGCACGUGCAUUGUACCGCGUUGCUAAUAAAUGAGGAACUCAUUAAUUUUCAGACCAUUUGAUUAUUGUUUAAAAAUAUAAGUUGAAUUCGUGCAUUUUGAAUAUUUACAGAGUUAUAUUAGGAAAUAAAGUCAAAUUCAUUUGAUGACAAAAAUGUUUCUUUUAAUA